AGGUGAAUCACCCAAGACGCCGCCGCUUCUUCAACGAAACGUGCGCAAAAGUGAAUUCGGCACUUUCUUUUCCUUCUACAUCAUGGUGUGUGUGCAGUGAGCCCUAUCGUUUCGCAUUUGUUGUAAACUGGAAAUUGCGAAAUAGUACUUCGUCACAGGCACGCAGCAGGUGAUGUCUCCGUGCCGUGGCGACGUGGCCUCCUCAGAAUGUGGUUGCAGUGUUGGCAGGGACGGAGCAGGCGCGCAGCAGGUGAUGCCCCUGCGCCGUGGCGACCCGCCCGCCGCAGCUGGCCAGCCAUGGGGAGCGCCUCCUCUAAGUUCAAGAAGUACCUGCAGCAUGGCGAUGAGUUUGCCGCCAUGCAGGUGUUCCAGAGCUCAGCCGAGCUGCGGCGCAACCUGGACCCGAACGUGAGCUACGGCGAGAGCCACGGCCACAACACGGCGCUGCACUACGCGGCGCGCCACGGCAUGAAGCACCUGCUCAGGACCUUCCUCAACGACCUGGCGGGCAACCCCAACAAGCGCAACGCCGCCAACGAGACGGCGCUGCACGCGGCGUGCACGCUGCCCGCGGGCAAGCCGCUCAGCGCGCAGGAGCGGCGCGCCGCCUGCGCCGCGCUGCUGCUGCAGUGGCGCGGGGCCGCCACGCCGGGAGGGGGCGCCGAGCGCGUCGACCUGCGCGCGCAGGACCAGAAGGGGAACACGGCGCUGCACUGCGCGGCGAGCAGCGGCCUGGAGCGGUGCGUGGAGCUACUGCUUGCGCACGGCGCGCCGCUCUUCCAGGAGAACCACGACAAGCUGACGCCCUGCGACCUGGCCAUGCGCGCCAGCCAUCACGACAUCGCGCGCCUCCUCGAGUCCCGCAUGGUCUUCGCAGAUAGCAGUGACAGUGUGAACGAGGCAGAGUUGUAUGGCAGUGAGCCAGACGAAGUGUACUCAGGAUUAAGGACACAGGACCUGCAGGAGGCCAAGGACCAACUACUUGUCGAGACCUCUGACAUGCUGCAUGUGCCACUUUUUACUGCUGAGGCACUUCUCAGAGACAAUGAAUGGUCCCGUGAGGCCCUCCUAGACAAGUGGAUGAAGGAUGCAGUUGCUUGUUGCCAGUUGGCAGGUGUGCAGCCCCCAGCCUCGGCUCUUCAGCUCCGUGACAGUGGCAGCACACCUUCAUCCCCAGUUCUGCAGCCUCCAGAUAUACCACCAGACCCUGAAGACCUUACAGAGCCUGUUCAGUGUGAAAUCUGCACACUGCCAGUGUCAGAGGAGACUGGUGGUGAUGUGUCAGCACCCUGUGGUCACCGCUUCUGCACUUCGUGCUGGGAGAAUUAUCUCACAGUCAAGAUCCAAGCUGGUGAUGCCCAUGGAAUUCUAUGUCCUGCUUACCAGUGCCCCAUGUUAGUGCCUGCGGAUGUAAUAGAGAAGCUUGUUUCUCCAGAUAUGGCUCGUCGAUAUCUUCAGUUUGAUAUUGAGGCAUUUGUGGAGAGCAACCGAAGCAUUAAAUGGUGCCCAAUGCCUGGCUGUGGUCGAGCAGUGCGGCUGCCUGAGUAUGAGCAGCCACUACCUGGCUCUCGCUCAGGUUCUCCACCUCCAACAUCACAUGCUGUUGACUGCGGUAAUGGGCAUUUCUUUUGUUGGGAAUGUUUAGGGGAGGCACAUGCGCCUUGUGGUUGUCAGCAGUGGCAACAGUGGCAGCGCAAGAUCUCAGAAGUUCGGCCUGAAGAGCUGCGAGCUUCAUGCACUGAGACUGAGGAUGCUGCUAACUGCCUGUGGCUGGUCACCAACUCAAAACCUUGCCCCAACUGCAAGUCUCCAAUACAAAAGAAUGAAGGCUGCAACCACAUGAAGUGUUCUAAGUGUAAGUGUGACUUCUGCUGGGUGUGUCUGGAGAACUGGAAGAAACACAGUUCAGCAACAGGUGGCUAUUUUCGUUGCAAUCGUUUUGAAGCAGUGCACAAGGCUGAUGAGCGGCAGGGGGCUCUUAUCACUGAGGCAGUUGUCCGUAACCAGCAAGUUCAGGAACUUAACCGUUUUUUGCAUUACUACACUCGUUUCAAGAAUCACGAAAACAGUCACCGUCUGGAGGAGCCCCUGCUGAUAAAUGCGCGACAAAAAGCUCAGUUGUUGCUGGCAUCUACUAGCACAGCACAGGGGCCAGGAACAGGACAGGUUCUAGGGACAGGUCAAGUUUCGAGCACUGAACGUACUAAUCAACUGGGACCAGAAGGAGCUAGAUUUGUAGAAGAUGGUGUACGAGAACUACUGAAAGCACGUAGGGUACUCUGUGGCUCAUACGUUCAUGGAUAUUAUCUACAUGACAAUGGUUACAGCAAAUCCAUCUUUGAAUUUAUGCAGAAUGAACUUGAGGAGGUCACAGAACGAUUGUCAGAGAUGGUUGCGCGGCCUUACCUUCGAACACCUCGAGCAGUGAUUAUCCAGACCACAGCUCUUGCCCGCCGUAAGCGCCAUGAAUUUGUGCGAGCUGUAUCCAAAGGGCUAGUUCCACCUGAAACUCCUCCCUCUUCUCGAAGAAUGGAAGGAACAGUUUUACCAAUGGAUCAGGCAGUAAUGACAAACCCAUGGGUCAAAGAGUUGCAGGGACAUCCUGGUACCAUGGGAAUACCCCUUGAAUGGCAGCCAAUGGACUCUGAUGAGGAUGAUUCUCCAACAGUGACAUUGCUGGGCAAAUGUGAACGAAUAGGCUGCCCCCAUCCUCGUGCUCGUAACCCUCGCACAGGAGAGCUGCAUGCGUACUGCAGCUGGCGCUGUUCUCACUUAGCUACUGCUACUGUGGUGAAUGGCCCAGCUGACUACAAUGUUGACCUGGUCAUUGCCCUGGAAAUGUCACGGUUACAGAUGAUUGAAGAUGAGUUCAAGAAGAGACAGCGUGAAGAAGCUGAUACUGGAGAACCAUCAAGAUCAGGGAAUCGUGAAGAUCAGCAUCAGUUAGAACUUGCAAUUGAAUUAUCUCUGUGUGAUCGUGAACAGCAGCAGGACUCUGUGCAGGAAGCAGAAAAUGACCAAGAUAUGGAUAUUGAUGUUGAUGUUGCUGUUGACAAUUUUCUUCGUAGUUUAGCUGGCCAACGACUAGACGCCAGCAGUGAAACAGGGUCAGGCAGCAGCACACUUCAGAGCCAAGGACCGGGACCGGGUAGCAAAGAGGAUGGCCGCUUCCAGAUUGGAGAACUCCACCAGAACGGCUGGGUCGAGGGCCCGGGGUCUGGCACCAGCCACCUGCUGCAGCUGCGGAGGGCGCACUCCACAGGAGACUUGUGCUGUGCGCGUCCCCCACCUCCACCACCACCUGCAUUCCUCUGUGCUGUCGCCCAUACAGCACAUAAUGCAGAUUCGGUAGAGCAUGCGGGAGGCCCUGGUGGUCAGUCUUCCAUGGAAGACACAACAACGACCACAACUGCAUCAGACUCCCUCAAUGCUGACUUGGAGGUGUGUGGGAUUCUGGGCACCAGCACGAGCACUGCCACUGAGGAGGAACCAGACCCUGACCCUGAGGCUGCAGGGCCCAGCACAAGUACAAGUCCAGCUCCUGCUGCCACAAGUGUGACUGUCAGUAACGCACAACUGAGAGCACCGUCCCAGGCACGUUCACUGCGAAUACGCAUAUGCCGUUCCCCAGGGGCUGGUGGUGGUGGCUCUGGUGGGGUCCAGAGCACUACAUCUGGAACAGACCGUGCACGAGGCCCUCUGGAGACAGACUCCAGCAAUGAGUACGAGAGUGAAACGGGCAUUCCCCGCUCCCCGACGCUCUUCAUCAGUGGGGUGUCCAUCAGUCGGACGCCUGAGCCUGCAGCAGUCCCUACUCUGCCACCUCCUGCAGUGCCCGAAGAGGGGUCGCCAACCUCUGGUGCUGCCUCUAUUGCCCCUACACAGCCUAUUUCACCAGCCUCUGUAUCUCCAGCUCCAAGCUCACCUCGUGACACUGCCAGUGUUGCAGCAGUGCCGACGACUCCAGCUGCCCCUGCUCCUGGACAGUCACGGUCAGCAAGCGAACCUGAGCGUGAGCGGUCCGUGUUCCGUUUUCCCAAAUCACAGACAGAUGGAGCACUGAGCUCAGUGCUUCUUGUGCAGGAAAGCAAUCUGAGUUCUGAUGAUUUCCACGAAGCCCUGUUCCUGCUCGAACCAAAGGAGUCCUGCAAGCGCCGCAAGAAGUCGAAAAAGGAGCGCCACAAAGAAGCCAGCUCUGCACUGUGAGAUACAACAUCUAUGUUGGUGCCUCAUUCUGAACUAACUUCUCGGCAUGUGGAUGCAUAUACAUUGAUCCUCUUGUAUUGUGCUUACAUGUGUGUAGAUCAUGGCACUCAAAUGUGGAGCUUUUUCUAUUACUUUCUCUUGGAACUUUUGCCUGAGAGAUACCAAGUCUCUCAGUCAGAUCUCUUAACGUGCGGGGACAAUUCCUGGUGUUGAAAAGUCUGUAGUUGGAAAUGAUAGUUGCAGAUCAUCUGUGGACACGGCAAUCAGUCUUUGUGUGGUGCUCAGAAAUCAAUCUGUUUUGUGCAAUAAACAGUGAUGCAAUCUUGUUUAUGAGUUGUGUUUUAUAAAUCACUGGGAUGCUAUUAGUACGAUGUAAUGACUGUGUGGUUAGAGAAUGUUCAUUCUUUACUGUAAACUAACACUGGAAUUGUUAUUGUAAAGGGAUUCUGAAUUCUUUUAUGUGGAGUGGAUCAAUUUCUGAGACUGCUUUUUUAGCACUCUCUUUCAGACAAAUUUUUGUUAAGAACAAAAUGAUAACCAAACAAUUUUUUGACAUUUAUGCAUAUUUAGUGAUAACAUGUUCCUUUGAUUUUUCAAGAAUGGUGUAACAUGUUUUCAACAUUUAUAAAAAUUUGAACCAACAGCUUUUCUGUUACUGGAAUCACAGAAAAGGUUUUGAAACAUUUGUCUGUAUGUAUGCAACGCUGAUUCUUACAAUUUGCAUGUAAUUAAAAUAAUUCCUCAAACAUUCCAUGGUACAAUACUUUGUAAAUGCAAUUAAAACCAUUUUUACACUGUGUAGAAUGUUUUCUGUAUAUGUAACUACAUAUUAUUUCAGAUACACAAUAAGACCACAAUUACAUUGAAAUCAGCUAUAUGGCAUAAACAGUCACUGUUAUUUAUGAUAUUUAUGUCCUAAUACUGACUGUUCUGAGUUUAUCUGAAUACUUUUUUAGAUGGUACUAGAACACUGUUGUCAACAAUUUCCUGAGCUUUUGAUAUGUCCUAAAGUUUAAUAUGUAAACAUGCAGACAAUACUAAAGAAACAAGUGGAGCAGACUAGAAGUUAAGAUUGAGAGUAGAGAAUAGUAUUUACAGAAAAACAGUGUAGUAAAUACUAAUUCUCUUAAGAUGAUUGAUUGUCAUAGUUCAAUCCUAGUCAGCAGCUAAUGUCUGUGCAGGAAUUGGUACACAGAUUUAUAGUUUGAAUUGGUGAUUUGUACCUUAUAUACAUGUAAUCUAAAUGGCUACAAUAUGAAAAGAAUGGGUUGGUAAACCACAUAGAGGAGGCAUUGAGUAGCAAAAAAGUUGCUGAAAUAUUUUAGUUUUGUGACAAAGUCAUUCUUCACAAGUAGUUAUACACAUUGACACAUUGUGAAAUACACAUGACCACUGUCUCCAGGCUGUCACUUUCACAGACAUGUGAUUUGCCAACUUAGCUGCAACCAGUUUGCUGCAUUCUACAAUUCUUCAUGGGCAUGACAAAUAGCAAGCUAUCUAUCUGCGUGAAUGGGCAUUACCAAAUUAUGAUCAAGAGACAGCAGGACCAUCCAGUUGCUGAACAUGCUGUCCAACAUGAUAUGCUUCACUCUAAUGAUUGCUUCACAGCCUAUAUCAUGAAUUCUUCCCAACAACACCAACUUUUCUGAAUUGUGCAAGUGGGAACUUUCCCUACAAGAUAUCCUUUGUAAACCCUGACCACAACCUUUGCUUCUACCUGUCCUCCACCUGUGUAUCUUCUUAACACACCAACACAGUCCUUUCUAUUCCCUACUUAUCUCCUCUCCUUUUCUCCUUCACUUCUCCCAUCUCCUCGCCCAGCCCCUUCCCUUUGCCCAAGCACAGAAACACAGCCUCUCGAUGCUGCGCCUGUCCUCACCAUUUCCAUGGGCUUGCAAGCUUCAACAGGCAGCACUAGCAUCUUUCCCCAUCUCUACCAUGUUAUAACCCCCACCCCUCCCUGCCCCGCAUCACUUUCUUACCCCAGCUACCCACACCAGCUAGACUGCUGCUGACAUGAGAAGUAGGCACAGUCAGACCUCAGUACCUGGUGACAAUGACCAUGUGCGCUUAGCAGUUGGUCUCGUGUGAAUAUACAUAACUACUUCUGAAGAAGGACUUUGUCCAAAAGUUAAAAUAUUUCGCCAUUAUUUUUCUUUGUGCCCACUCAAUACCCCCUCUAUGUGGUGAACAGCAGUCUAUUCACUCCGUAUUGUUGUUAAUCCAUCCUGGACAUCACAUUGCUUAAUUCUAAAAAAUAUAAUACUGCAUUCCAUUGUAUCAGAUAAAGGAUUUCUGACAUAGUUUGCCAUAUAGGUAAUAUAAUCCAAGUACUGCUUUGCCUGAGUGUUACAGUGAUGGGUUCCAGUGACAGGCUUCAACAGUAUUCCAAUAUGUUUCUCUAUCAGUUUAUUAUGAGACAUGAAUUUGUAUUUUAAAAUAUCUUUUAAAAAUGGGAGUACUUGGUCUGACAAUGAGGAGAAAUCUCAUCAAACACAACACUGUUUCAUUCUGCGCCCCACUUCCAUUUAUAUACUAGCAGCAAUCACUGCCACUUUUUAUUACACUCUUCGACAAUGGGUCGUGAAGUAGUUUUGGAAACAGUACAGGCACUGUCCUAUGAAUAUGUACUGUCAGGAAAGCAGUUUCUUAGUACAAGGUCAGAAUUAUUGAAUUUGGGAAAUAAUCUGUGUGUUUAUUGUGUUUGACUGAUUUGGCCUAUUCCUAUGAUUAAUGGUUGAAUUGUGACUGAGUAAAUUAUUAGAUGUCAAUUAAGGUUAUAAAAUGUUUUAUUGCCAGAAACAUGACAAGCAAAAUAAAUCAAAGAACAAGAAAAAUCAUGAAUGACAUCAGUGUACAUGAUGAUUAUAUCAUCUUUCAGUAA